AUGGCGUGUGGUGACAGGAGGGUGACCAUCCAGCUGGUGGACGAGGAGCCUGAGGCUGGGGUUGGGGGCCCAAAGCUCUUCCGGGGCCAGAGAUUUGAGGCAAUCCAGGCAGCCUCCCUCAACGCAGGGAUCCUGUUCCGAGACCCCUACUUUCCUGCUGGACCGGAUGCCCUUGGCUAUGACAAGCUUGGUCCACACUCUGAGAAAGCCAAAGGGGUGCAAUGGAUGAGGCCCCAUGAAUUCUGCAGUGAGCCCCAGUUCAUCUGUGAGGACAUGAGUCGGACAGAUGUGUGUCAGGGGAGCUUGGGUAACUGCUGGUUUCUUGCGGCUGCUGCCUCCCUCACUCUGCACCCACGCCUCUUGUAUCGGGUGGUGCCCCCUGGACAGGGCUUCCAGGAGGGCUAUGCAGGGGUCUUCCACUUCCAGCUCUGGCAGUUUGGCCACUGGGUGGACGUUGUGGUGGACGACAGGCUGCCUGUACGUGAGGGAAAGCUGAUGUUUGUACGCUCAGAACAGAGGAACGAGUUCUGGGCCCCACUGCUGGAGAAGGCCUACGCCAAGCUCCACGGCUCCUAUGAGGUAAUGCGUGGAGGCCACAUGAACGAGGCGUUUGUGGACUUCACUGGCGGAGUGGGCGAGGUGCUCUACCUGAGGGAAAACAUCCCAGGCCUCUUCUCCGUCCUGCGCCAUGCCCUGGCCAAGGAGUCCCUUGUAGGGGCCACUGCCCUGAGCGACCGAGGAGAAUACCGAACGGACGACGGGCUGGUGAAGGGACAUGCAUACUCAAUCACAGGCACACAGAAGGUGUCCUUGGGCUUCACCAAGGUGCGACUGCUGCGGCUGCGGAACCCUUGGGGCCGUGUGGAGUGGACCGGGGCCUGGAGUGACAGCUGUCCACGUUGGGAUGCCAUCCCCUUCCAGUGGCGAGAAGCUCUGAUGGUGAAAAAGGAGGAUGGCGAGUUCUGGAUGGAGCUACAGGACUUCCUCCGCCACUUCAACACCGUCCAGAUCUGCUCACUGAGCCCGGAGUGUCUGGGCCCCAGUCCGGCUGGGGGUGGCUGGCACAUCCACACCUUUCAAGGCCGAUGGGUUCGAGGAUUUAACUCUGGUGGAAGCCUGCCUGGCGCCGAAACCUUCUGGACCAACCCUCAGUUCCGGCUGACACUGCUGGAGCCUGAUGAGGAGGAAGAUGACGAAGAGGGGCCCUGGGGAGGCUGGGGGGCCGCUGGGGCCCAGGGCCUGGCACAAGGGGGCUCCAUCCCCAAGUGCACCGUCCUGCUGUCGCUUAUCCAGCGCAACCGGCGACGUCUAAGGGCACAAGGCCUCACCUACCUCACCGUGGGCUUCCAUGUGUUCCAGAUUCCAGAGGAGCUGCUGGGCAUCUGGGACUCCCCGCGGAGCCGCGAGCUCCUGCCCCGCCUACUGCGCGCCGACCGCUCUGCCUUCAGCGCGCGCCGCGAUGUGAGCCGCCGCUGCCGCCUGCGGCCCGGCCACUACCUGGUGGUGCCCAGCGCCGCGCACGUUGGCGACGAGUCCGACUUCACCCUGCGCAUCUUCUCCGAGCGCCGGCACACCGCCGUGGAGAUCGAUGACAAUAUCAGCGCUGACCUGCAGGCCCUCAUGGUCCCUUAUGCACCUCUCGAGCGAGGUCUGGAGCAGCUGUUUCAGGAGCUGGCAGGAGAGAAGGAAGAGCUCGGUGCCUCCCAACUACAGACUUUAUUAAGCAUCGCCCUGGAGCCUGCCAGGGCUCACGCCCAGACCCCGGGAGAAAUUGGGCUCAGAACCUGUGAGCAGCUGCUGCAGUGUUUCGGGCACGGGCGAAGCCUGGCCCUGCCACACUUCCAGCAGCUCUGGGGUCGCCUCCUUCAGUGGCAGGCCACAUUCAACAAGUUUGACGAGGACACCUCAGGAACCAUGAACUCCUAUGAGCUGCGGCUGGCGCUGAAAGCAGCAGGCUUCCAUCUGAACAACCAGCUGACCCAGAUCCUCACUAGCCGCUACCGGGACAGCCGCCUGCAAGUGGACUUCGAGCGCUUCGUGUCUUGCAUGGCCCGGCUCACUAGCAUUUUCCACCACUGUAGCCAGUACCUGGAUGGGGGCGAGGGAGUCGUGUGCCUGACCCACAGACAGUGGAUGGAGGUGGCCACCUUCUCCUAG